CUCACACGGACUCAGGCAUCUCAGCCGCGCUCACACUCUCUGCAUCAUGCACAGCAAAGAACAGAUCAGCCAUGACGAAUACCAGAAGACAGCCGAUUGGUUGCUGACGCACACGAAACACCGCCCCCAAGUGGCGAUCAUCUGCGGCUCCGGACUGGGGAUGCUGGCUGACACUCUGAAAUGUCAAGACUCCUUUGCCUACUCAGACAUUCCAGGAUUCCCUCACAGCACAGUGAAAGGUCACGCCGGCCGCCUGGUUUUCGGGGAGCUGAAGGGAAAGACAUGCGUGUGCAUGCAGGGCCGCUUCCACAUGUACGAGGGACACUCGCUCUCCAAGACGACGUUCCCGAUUCGGGUCUUCAAGCUGCUCGGGGUGGAGACGCUGAUCGUAACGAACGCAGCGGGCUCAUUGGAUGACGGCCUACAUCCAGGUGACAUCAUGAUCAUCAAGGACCAUGUGAACUUCCCGGGGCUGGUCGGUCUGAACCCACUGUGUGGACCCAACGACGAAAAGUUCGGACCUCGGUUUCCAGCCAUGUCUGGUUGCUACGACAAAGGCCUUCGUUGUCUCGCCAUGGAAAUCGCCAAGCAACUGGGCGUGGCCAGCAUCACGCAGGAGGGCGUGUACGCCAUGGUGGGCGGGCCCAACUUUGAGACCAUCGCUGAGGCUCGGCUGAUGCACCGACUGGGGGUGGACGCAGUUGGUAUGAGUACAGCUCCCGAGGUCGUCAUGGCGACUCACUGUGGUCUUAAAGUCUUCGGCCUGUCUCUGAUCACCAACAAGGUGGUGAAGACCUACGAGGACGGUGACAGUGUGAACCACGAGGGGGUGCUGGAGGUCGGCCGUCUUCGCUCGCAGACUCUUCAACAGUUGGUGACUGAACUCAUCGGCAAGAUGGAGAUCAAUAACAACAUCAAUAACAUCCUCUAGAAACAACACUGUGUAUUUAAGACCACUGUGUUUUACCUUUUGUUUUGAUUUCCCCUUGAUAUUUUAUAUCCCGGCUGUACUGAAAAUUGUCUCGGGAGAGAUUGUUUAUGGUGUGAAUCAGACAUAAUUUAUAGAGUUUUUAUACGCUGAUAACUUGACAGAUUAAUAUA